AUGGAAAGGAUAUAUGCCGCAGAGGUGGUUACAGCAACCGAAGGCGUCGUCCUCUCACGCUGGAGCGGGAGCGCCGUGAAACGCGUCGACGCGCCGGUCGAGCUGCUCGACAUCUUCCCGACGCUCUGCGAGAUGAGCGACCUGCCGAUCCCAUCGCGAGUGCAGGGGCGGUCGCUGGUGCCGCUGAUGGAGGGCCCGGUCGCUCGGGGCACACACGAUGGCUCGAUAAGUGCGUUCAAACGGACUGAGAGCGUCGGACGCCCCAUGAUUGGAGUUCAGCUGCCUGUCCCGCUCGCUUGGGGUUACAGCUACCGGACUAGUCGAUACCGAUUCAUCCGAUGGGCUGUCCCGAAGCGGUUCAAGGCUAGCACCACGUUUGUCGACCUCUUCGACCUCGAGACUGACCCCGGGGAGACGAGGAACAUCGCCUCGCUGCCGUCGAGCGCAGCGCUGGUGGUUACGCUCAAAGCGGACGCGCCUCGUAGUAGCGUGAGAUGCAUGCUCUCGUAG